ACCCCCGCGACCCUAAUGAGGAGAAGCGAGUCAUAUGACCCGGUAGUCCCGCCACGUGACUUCGUCCGGUCAUGUGAUAUUGUAUGCUCAUCAGAAGCUGCCGUCCGAAGUGUCCACACAAGUGUGACGUCCACGCAAACAGAUAAGAUGCUCGCGCUGUGGCCGGGCUACUUCCUGUUCUGGCUGCUGAGCGUGGAGGCGGCGCCGGCGGACCACGAGGUGGUCAGCCUUCCCGGCCUGCGCAAACAGCCCAGCUUCAAACAUUACUCGGGUUACUUGAAUGUGCCGGAUGGGAAGCACCUGCACUACUGGUUUGUAGAGUCCCAGAAUGCACCCUCGUCUGACCCGGUGGUGUUGUGGUUGAAUGGCGGUCCUGGGUGCAGUUCUCUGGACGGACUAUUGACUGAACAUGGACCCUUUCUGAUUCAGGCUGAUGGCAUGAUGCUGCAGGAGAACCCGUACUCCUGGAACAAGGUGGCAAACAUGUUGUACCUGGAGUCUCCAGUAGGGGUGGGCUUCUCGUACUCUGACGACAAGCGAUACGCCACCAACGACACGGAGGUGUCCAUGGUCAACUACUUGGCUCUGAAGGAGUUCUUCCGUCUGUUCCCGGAGCUGAGCAAGAACGAACUUUUCCUGACUGGAGAGAGCUACGCGGGAAUCUACAUCCCCACGCUGGCUGAGAGAGUGAUGGAGGACGACAGCCUUAACCUGCAGGGUGUGGCGGUGGGGAACGGGAUGUCGAGCUACGAGCUGAACGACAACUCUCUGGUCUACUUCGCGUACUACCACGGCCUGCUGGGACGUAGCCUGUGGAGCCGUCUGCAGAUGUUCUGCUGCAGCGAGCACAAGUGCAACUUCCACAGCAACCAGGACGUCAACUGCUCCAACAGCCUGGCGGAGGUUCAGGACAUCAUCUACAGUUCUGGACUCAACAUGUACAACCUGUACGCUCCCUGUCCAGGUGGCGCCCCCCAGAGGUUCAAUGUUGAGCGAGGCCAGCUGGUCGUCAGAGACAUGGGACACUUAUUCAUCCAUCAUGAGUGGACUCAGCUGUGGAAGCAGAAGCUACGAGGUCUAGCGUCUCUUCAGCCAGCCUUACGGCUGGAGCCCCCCUGCACUAACUCCACCCUUGCAACACGCUUCCUGAAUGAUCCGUACGUGCGAGACGCCCUGCACAUCAGCCCCAAGGCAGCGGACUGGACCAUCUGCAGCUCUGAGGUGUAUCUCAGCUACGGUCGUCUUUUCAUGGACGUCAGGAAGCAGUACCUGAAACUGCUGGCUGCUCUGAAGUACCGUGUCCUGGUGUACAACGGCGACGUGGACAUGGCGUGUAACUUCAUGGGAGACGAGUGGUUUGUGGAGUCACUGAACCAGCAGGUGGAGGUGAGUCGGCGUCCGUGGCUCUACAAGGACCAGGAUGGACGACAAGUGGGAGGCUUCGUCAAAGAGUUUGACCACAUAGCCUUCCUCACUGUGAAGGGUUCGGGUCACAUGGUACCGACAGACAAACCGCUGGCAGCGUUCACAGUCUUCUCCAGAUUCAUCAAGAGGCAACCGUUUUGACCUCAGCUGCCAAUCAGCCAUGUCUCCUAUUCUUCUCCAGAUUCAUCAAGAGGCAACCGUUUUGACCUCAGCUGCUGAUCAGCCUCUCCUAGCCUUUCAUCUCCUGGUUACCAUGGUAACAAUCACUGCCCAGAGCAUUUUUAUGUUGCUGUUGCUUAUUUUUAAAUAAUAAACUUGGAACAUGG